AUUUGGGCUCAAGCCAUGCUUUGAAACCCCGUUUCUUGGCGCGCCGUGGUCAUGGCCCAGCCGAUGGCGUCAAUUCCCUUCGAGGUGGUGGUUCGUGGUGGCGACUCGCGCCAGGUCGUGGCGGCUGUGGCGAUCGGCCUCUGGCGUGCCGGCUGGGCUGAGGCGUCCGGCGCCGCUCUUGAGGACAAGGAGAUUGAGGCGGAGGUCCAGGCGCGCGCCCAGCGCAUCCAGCCCGUCCUGAAAGCGAAGGUCGCGGCAGCGGCCCAGGACAGGGUUCCAUGUGUGGACGGCGGCGACAAGGCGAUGCGCAACGCUGGUGAACAUGAUCUGUUCGGCGAAGGGGCCGAGUCGCUCCACAAGUCGGGGCGCGAGGCGAAGAAACCCCAGCGACAGAGCAGCAGGCGCGCCAUCAAGACGGGCAGCUCGUCGGUCUCAAAGGUCGACGAUGGUGACAACUCCUUCUUGGUGUCAGCGCUCAGAGUUCAGGAGAUCGAGCCCAUCGGGAAGGCGAUCACGGGCAUCCACGACGGGUCGGUCGACGACCUAGUGCCCAUGAAGGUGUUGCUCAACGACGUCUUCAAGUUGUUGGAGGCGAACCAGAUAAUGACGGGCGAAGCCUACAGUGGCGCCUCCCUGAAGGAGCCUGCUUUCGGGCUGGUGCAGGCCGUCGAGUUCAUGGACGCCAUGCGCGAGCUGUCGCAGACGGCCGGCGCGCCCAGCAACGCUGACUUUGGGAAAGAGAUCUUUGCGGUGCUCACCAGCAAGAAGACGGACGGUUACUUCUCGAUGGCCCAGGUCGACGACGAGCUGGGGAAGAUCAACGUGCCCUGGGCGCAAGAUCAGCCGCGAGGCAUGGCGGAAAAGCUCCAGGAUAGCGGUGAGGUGGAGAUCUCCUUUUCCGUUUCGGCCAUGACGGAGGGGCACGAGGUCGUGGAAGGCAUGCACAGUUGCCCCGAGGGCGACGCGAAGGCCCUGCUGGAGCAGGCUGCGUUUUGCCGCGACGCGGCCAUCGGUGUCAUCGUCGACGCAGGCCUCGUCGAGGAGUUCCAGCGGGCCUUCAAGGACCAGCUGCGGACGGCCUGAUCGGGCCGUCGGUGGCCGCCCCGCCCCCCCCCUCCUCCUCGUGGCGAGCGCGCGGGGCGGCGGCCGCGCGGCCACGAUCGGCAGUUGGACGGCGUCGGUGCCAGCGCAGCUCUACCAGACAUCAGUCCCCAGGAGGAGGCUGCAGCAGAGUCCUGCGGGAGUGAAAGUCGCACGCGGGACUUCGGUGCCGCGCGCGGUGUUAGUUCUUCCUGCCUGCGCUGCGGGCCCCGACUUGGCAUCUGGUCAA